CAUUUCCCGGCGUGCAGCGCGCGGGGGGGCUGGGCCGCGCGGCGCCGGCGCUGCCGCGGGGCGGGGAGGCAGGUAGCCGGGUCGCUCGCUCCCUCGGUCGGCGGCGGCGGCGCCCGCCGUUGCCCCAUGGAGCGGGGGAAGAUGGCGGAGCUGGAGAGCCUGGAGACGGCGGCGGAGCACGAGCGGAUCCUGCGGGAGAUCGAGAGCACCGACACGGCCUGCAUCGGCCCCACGCUCAGGUCUGUCUAUGAUGGAGAGGAACACGGUCGUUUCAUGGAAAAAUUGGAAGCGCGAAUCAGAAACCAUGAUCGCGAGAUUGAAAAAAUGUGCAACUUCCAUUACCAGGGCUUUGUGGAUUCCAUCACGGAGCUGCUGAAGGUUAGGGGUGAAGCGCAAAAACUGAAGAACCAGGUGACAGACACCAACCGAAAGCUGCAGAACGAAGGAAAAGAGUUGAUAAUAGCAAUGGAAGAGCUGAAGCAAUGUCGAUUGCAACAGAGAAAUAUCUCAGCGACAGUUGAUAAGCUGACACUGUGUCUUCCUGUUCUGGAGAUGUACAGCAAACUGCGAGAGCAAAUGAAAUCUAAAAGGCACUACCCCGCGCUGAAGACGCUGGAGCACCUGGAGCACACGUACCUGCCCCAGGUGAGCCACUACCGCUUCUGCAAGAUCAUGGUGGAUAACAUCCCCAAACUGCGCGAAGAGAUAAAAGAAGUUUCCAUGUCAGACCUCAAGGACUUCCUGGAGAGCAUCCGUAAGCACUCCGACAAGAUCGGCGAGACGGCGAUGAAACAGGAUUGCAGAUACAAUCAGUGGAAAGUAAUUGCCAAGAUAUUCUUCAGUCUUCUGCUAUCUCCAAAUGAUAAGGCACAGCAGCAAAGAAACCUGGACAAUAUUGUAUCACAGCAUCCCAGGAUAAGCGGCGGAAAGAAGUCCAAGAAAGAAGUCUGCGCAAGCUCAGAUUUGGAGGUAAAAAACACUAGCCCCAUGUCUGAGCAGGAUUCGGGUAUCCUGGAUGUUGAAGAUGAGGAUGAGGAUGAAGAGGUGCCUGGGGCUCAGGACUUGGUGGACUUCUCCCCCGUGUACCGGUGCCUGCACAUAUACUCCGUGCUGGGAGCCCGCGAGACCUUUGAGAACUACUACAGGAAACAGAGGAGAAAACAAGCUCGCUUGGUCCUGCAGCCUCCUUCGAACAUGCACGAAACUUUAGAUGGCUACAGGAAGUAUUUUAAUCAAAUUGUAGGGUUUUUUGUAGUUGAAGACCACAUCUUGCAUACGACUCAGGGCUUGGUAAACAGAGCCUAUAUUGAUGAGCUGUGGGAGAUGGCUUUAUCCAAAACGAUUGCAGCACUGAGAACACAUUCAUCCUACUGUUCUGACCCCAGCCUGGUGUUGGACUUGAAGAACCUCAUCGUCCUCUUUGCAGACACACUCCAGGGAUACGGCUUCCCCGUGAACCAGCUCUUUGACAUGCUGUUGGAAAUCCGAGACCAGUAUAGUGAAACCCUGCUGAAGAAGUGGUCAGGAGUUUUCAGAAAUAUACUUGAUUCAGAUAACUACAGUCCCAUCCCGGUAACAAAUGAAGAGAUUUACAAGAAAAUAGUUGGACAGUUCCCGUUCCAGGAUGCUGAACUCGAAAAGCAGCCGUUUCCAAAGAAGUUCCCCUUCUCUGAGUUUGUGCCUAAAGUUUACAAUCAGAUUAAGGAGUUCAUCUAUGCUUGUCUGAAGUUCUCGGAAGACCUUCACCUGAGCUCCACGGAAGUCGAUGACAUGAUCAGAAAAUCGACAAAUCUGCUGCUGACCCGAACGCUGAGCAACUGUUUACAGAACGUCAUCAAGAGGAGGAACGUAGGGCUGACCGAGCUUGUACAGAUUAUUAUUAACACAACCCAUUUGGAGAAAUCCUGCAAGUUCCUAGAGGAAUUCAUAACCAAUAUCACUAAUGUACUUCCAGAAACUGUCCACACUACGAAGCUCUAUGGGACCACGACUUUCAAGGAUGCUCGCCAUGCUGCAGAGGAAGAGAUUUAUACUAAUCUGAACCAGAAGAUAGACCAGUUCCUGCAGCUGGCAGAUUAUGACUGGAUGGCCAUGGAACCGAGCAGCAAAGCCAGCGACUACCUGGUAGAUCUCAUCGGCUUCCUACGCAGCACGUUUGCUGUGUUCACCCACCUCCCGGGGGACGUAGAUGCCCACUCGACCAUGUCGGGGAAGGUGGCGCAGACCGCGUGCAUGUCGGCGUGCAAGCACCUCUCCACGUCGCUGAUGCAGCUGCUGCUGGAGGCCGAAGUGCGGCAGCUGACGCUGGGGGCCUUGCAGCAGUUCAACCUGGACGUGGAGGAGUGCGAACAGUUUGCCAGAUCCGGCCCAGUGCCUGGGUUCCAAGGGGACACGCUGCAGUUGGCCUUCAUCGACUUGAGACAACUCUUAGAUCUGUUUAUCCAGUGGGACUGGUCGACGUACUUGGCUGACUACGGGCAACCCACGUGCAAGUACCUUCGCGUGAACCCCACGACAGCCCUCGUCCUGCUGGAAAAGAUGAGGGACACGAGCAGGAAGAACAACGUGUUCGCGCAGUUCCGCAAGAACGAACGGGACAAGCAGAAGCUCAUAGACACGGUGGCCAAACAGCUCCGCAGCCUCAUCAACAGCCAUCACUCGUGAGGGCACCGGCCGCUCGAGACGGGACUCUGGGAGCUGCAGGCAGCCUGCCGCGUGCCUGCACUUGGCGUUCUUGUUCAAAGAGAAUAUCUGUAUUUUUUUAUUCACGUGUAUAGUCUUCAUGAAACCUACCCUUCUGACAAAACGUUCCUUGUUAAACAAUCCUGGGGAAGAAGGGCGGCACUGUUUGUGCUGGUACAGUGAAGGUGGGGUCAGGAGUCUCCAUUAUAAGCUCCUAUUUUCAGGGGUUUAUAAAGUGAGGGUAAAAGCUGAAGGCUCAGAGAGAAGUUCACACCCAGACUACUUUUUUUUUUUUGGUGUGUGUAAGCCAAAUUUGAAGAAUCAGUUUGACUUUCUUUUGUUAAGUUAUUCAAUUGCAGAACAAAUGAAAACAAAAAUGAUAUAUAUUGGGAGCAGCCACGGUUUCACAUUCUUUUCACGGGCUCCGGUAAAACGAGCACGUGUUUAGAAGAGGGUCACUUGUUAUAGCCUGUCUUGCAGAUUUGCAUAUUGGAUUUGUGUAGAAAGAGGGGCAAACUGAUUUCCCAACCUUUCUCUUUUUUUUUUUUUCCUGUAAGGGCUGAUUUCCACCUUAGCUUGCAGAUCCCUUGCAGGAAGGCAGCAGCUGGAGCUGCACUCCCAGCCCCUUCGUGCACAUCUGCAACCGCAGUGCUUGGAGCGGGUGCGCGCUGAGCUGCACCGCUCGGACCUGCUGCUGUCUUUUGUACCCGCAUGAAUGUAAAAGGGCUCCAGAGCCGCCUCAUUAAAUAAGUGUAGAGAGAGCGAGUAUGGAGUCAAGUCCCUCUGCUUCCCCCGGUCUGACUUGUGCGGCAAACGCGGCUCUCCCCGAAGGAAUCGGCGUGAAGGCCCUGGAUGGCCCCGACUGGAGACAGCAGCAGCAUCCGACUCCCGCCGGCUCAGAAGUGCCCAAGGACAAAAUUCUCCUCUUUGCGCUGGAGGUGCCCAUACGUCAUCCCCUCAAAUCAAGACAGCCUUUGAGGGCAACCCUAAUGCUAUCAAUGGGACGUUAAUCAUGGGGUUCGCGUUACAGAGAGAGGGGACUUUUGCCCUUAUCUUUUCUUUACCCUUCUGACUGUAAUUACUGCAGGUGGAAGCUUAUCCAGCCGGUUCCCCCACCCACCAAGCCCUGGUGCCCCGUUGAAGGGAAUUAAAGUCUCCGGUGUGUACAUAACCACCCUGGCAGCGCUGCUUCUGCACAGACGUGAGCAUUUUUUUUAACAUCGUUUGAAUGUGCUGGGUUGUCAGCUCUCACCUGAAAUCACUUCUGGAAGUCGAUGCACCUUUUCUAACCUUCGGAGCAAGGUUUGUUCUUCUUAACCUCCUUUCACGCUGUGGAAGGGCAGGGCUGGUUUGAACGCUCUUAGGUCGUGACGCAUCCGUUUGCAGAGCGGUAGCUACGCUUUCUUCCUGCACUCAGUCCCUUUUCUUUCUCACCCUGUGCACUUUUUGCUUUGUGGCUCUUGCCCGGGGAGCUCUUCCGAUACUCAAGCUCUGGAUACGCGAAGGGGACGGUGCUUUAUUUUCCCUCCUCGUUCCUCAGCAAUACAUUUUUUUUUGAUAAGGGUACAUGGUACUUAACCCUGGAAGUGAAUAGGCACGUUGGAAGCGAUGAACUGUUGCCCUGUCACGGCAGUCUCCAAACACGAGGAGCAGUGGAUGGGAUAUUUUCAUUAAUGUGAGGGAAGACCAAAUGUUGGAAGUUGGCUUUAUGGUUCUUUUCUUUGGGGGGGGAUCAGAGGGUACUUUCAGCUUAAUGCCUCUUUGAAGUACGUGCAAGAAGGAUGGAGGAAGAAGCAGCAGGUGAGGGAAGGUUGUCAUGGUGGCCAGGAAGAGCUUAGCCUCGGCGGAGACAUCCAGGCACGACCCAGCAAGUGCUUUCUCUAAAGACAGACACAAGUGAAAAAGCAAACUUGGUUGAUCCCCCAGUGGUGACAUCUUUUCUGCUCUCUAAAAGGCCAGUGGACCCCCGUGACAGUGAAAGCAGGGCUGCCUCCGUCAGCCUCCACCCCCCGGUGAGAAGAGCCCUGUGGCUCCUCGGUGGUGGGGUGGCCCUGAGCUCGUCGGGGCGCCCAGAGCUGAACCUGAGUGUUGGACCCAGCCUGCCCGACGCAGCCUGGGACCUUCUUUGCUCGCGCGAUCUUCAGCUGUGUCUUAGCGGCUCAAAUGCUGCACAGUUGAGGAUGACAAAUCACUCAGCUUGUUGGACUCUGGUAGGAAGCUCUGCUUAGCUCAACUGCGGAGAAGAGGAAGGAGACCCAUCCUCACCGCCUGGCCGAGGAGUCUUGCUGGCCGUGGGGAAGCUCUCGGUGCCCCUGCCAAGAUGUGUCCCAUGGAGCAGCGUGGACCUCAGGGUGCUUUAUUCCUCCUUCCCAUCUUCUGCUGGUGCCACCAUGGGAGAGAGGGGCAAAGCGAGAAGCGGGGGCAAAGCCAGGCGGGAUCGGCUGCUCGAAGAGUCACAUCUGCCUCCCUGAGCGAUCGAGGUCCUACCCGGAGUACAGAGAUGGAAACAAAGCCCGAGGUACCCAGUGACGACAGUAAUACAGGAAGCUUCAGUCCACAGGGCACCUGCGUUAAGGGCCAUUAAAUAGCAACAAGCACUUUAAAAUACUUGAGAAUCAAGCUGCUACAGAGGCUGGCGAUGGUGUAACCGAGCAUCAGCAAGCAUGACAAAUAAGGCACUCUGGCAUUUCCAGUUUUUAUUAGUGGGAGGAUAGACUGUCAAACACAAUUUUUGAUCGCAUUUGUCAGCUGCCGACUUUGCUGCCGGGCAAGGCGGCGGCUUUGCAGCCUUGAUUUUUUUCCUCCCCUCCACGCUAGCUGCUGGGACGCGGCCGGGGAAGGAAGGCGAAGAGGGGCCGUGCCGUGGGAGCGCACCUUGCUUUGAGCGCUGCGGCCAGUGCCGACCUCCCCGACCCGGGGCUGGCCUCUCUGGCCCCUCCAUGCCAAGCACGGCUGGAAGCGGGAUCGCCGUGCCGGAGCGGGAUGGAUUUCCAAGCUCUUUUAAGCGCUGCUCUGCGAAGCCGUGCAGAGCGCCGGGAUCGUGUGAGCGGACUCCUGGCUCGUAGCGCUCCGGACUUUCUGCUGGGAAAGCGAGUCCCGGCCAAGUAAGAGAUUCAGAGAGUUUCUGAUUUCGGGAGGUCAAGCGUCUAACCGCAAGUCACAUAACGGGGAUGAAAAAUGGAAUUUUGGUGCUCUGUUCCUAAUUAACUUUUUGUUCCAAGAGAUGCAGUUCCAUCCCUUCAAAAUAAAAUUAAUCUUUUAAACAGAUUGCUUAAAAAGCCCUGGAAGACAUUUAAAAUCCCCUCUAAAUCUCUUACUAAUGAUCGGUAUCCUCUGAUACGGAUGGUAUUGCUUAGGAGGGAUGAGUUGUUGCUAUGAAUUCGUAACGUGGGGGGAGGCAGGGGCAGAACCCCCUGCUGUAAGAGCAGAUUUGCAACCCCCAAAACAAGUAAUGCUGCUAUUAACCCAUCUGUGCACAGACACGAACGGCCCUUAGUUUUUUAAGCCAGUGGCCGUAGAAAAGACUAGCUUAUUCCCCCCUCUCCCCACCUCCUGGCAAAUGUAUUUCAGCACCAGUAUGGGGGGAAAAAAAGAAAAAUUUGGCUUUCUGGGAGGCGUCUGUGCAUCUUAGUGUCUCUGCAACCGUACGGGGCUGUGCAAGGCAUGCCGCUGCCAGCCUCCGCCUUGGGAGUGAUUUCUGUAACGUCUCUAAUGCACUAACCUGCGGACGAAGCCGUACCUUUGCAUUCGGGGGACGUCCUGCUUUAGGCUUUAGCGUGUGUGCGUGUGUGCGAGAGAGGAAGAGGUGGUGGUUGUUGUUGCUGUGGUUGUUCUCGGGCUGGAGUUCAAGUCAGAUGCUCUCAGCAGUUUUGCACUUUGUUCCGAGUCCAGCCGCAGCUCUGCUCUCCGUGGGGAAAAGCCGGCCGCUGCUCCGCGCGGCGGCCCGUUCUCCUUCCCCUUCGACGAAACGUGGCUGUUUCGUGCUGCCGCGCCGGGGUGGAGGGCGGGGGCUUUGCCAUGCCGUCCUCAACCUGUUUGCAAGAUGCUGGGAGGCAACGGGGAAAGCGGCGGCUUAGCUGGAGACGUGGGAGCCACCAAAGACCCCGGGUACGAGCAGCGCCCCGGCGGACAUCAGCUCGCUUGGUGGGAUGCUCGUGGGCUCCUCGUCCCGCGUGGUCCCACGGGUGGACGUGGCUGUUGUCAGCGAGUCCCGAGGUGGAGGUGGUUUUAGCGUGAUGCUUUCUCCACCAGACAUAACUUCAAGGGUGGUGGGUUUGCUGUUAUGUUGAGUUCAAACCGUGGAGGGGCUCAUCUGGUCUCCUCGAGGGGCAACAGCAUCUCCCCUUUGCAUCCCUGGUCCUUCCUACCUCUCCAGCUCACCUCCACUGGGCAUUUCCCUUUCAUUCACUGCUGGUUUGGAGCCUUUUCGCCCCCAAAAUACCUUCAGUGUUAGAAGUUUUGGAGGAGGCAGCAUCAGGUGUCCCUCUCCCUUCCCUCUCCUGGCCAGGGCGGUGGGAUGCACGUCUGGGCCGCUUGGGCUUUCUGCACCUGGUUACCUACAUCUCUGCGAUGCCCAGAUACAGCCUUCACCCAGAAACACAUGCUGCUGCUGCUGUUUAAGCCCCUCUCUGCACCAAAAACCCACGCCAUGGUGUGAUGGAGAGCCCAGACGUGGUAAAAAAAUGCCGGUAAUUCGAGGUCCCUCAUCGGGAGUCCUGUCCGCCCUCCCUCCUUGCUUGUCCCAUCAUCGGCCUGAUUGCACACACGCGCGUGCACACACACACUCCCGUCCCUCGGUGCCCGCCGGCUGCUUGUGUUGCCUUUUUCUUUUUUGCGUAGGGGGAGGGCGUGAUUUUUGUAAACUAAUGUGGUGAAAAACAGCUUUUUUUGCACAAGUCGUUGCACAACAAGGGGAAAAUUUAGUAAAUUAGGUUUAACUUUAAAGGGAACCUUUUUUCUUUCUUUCUUUCCUUAAAACUCACUAGCAGAGCUACUGAUUUAAAAAAAAGAAAAAUGGACUGAUUUAAAAAAAUACGGACUGCAUGGUUUACAGGUUAAAUUGCAUUAGAAAUUAGCAUGUUGAUCGCAACUGUACAUUUAUCCUAUUGUAACUUCUAUUAAACAAUACAGCGUAUAACUGUUUAAAUAAG